CAAAACAACAAAGAUCUUUUCAUUCUUAGUGAUCUCCGCCUUCUUCCUCUCUUUCCUUUGAUUUUAUCGAGCAAAACCCCGCUUUCAAUGGCUUCUUCAACUGGACUUUCAUUGAAAUUCUCCCCUCUUUCAACUUCUUUCAAGCAAAACAAGGUACUUCUUCGUGGGAUCUGUAAUGUCAACUCAGUUAGCCUCCCGUCUCGUGGAAUGCGGCUCGGAUCGUUGCGCCUUCGUGUUUCAUGCGCGGCUAAACCCGAGACUGUGGACAAAGUUUGUAGCAUAGUGAGGAAGCAACUGGCACUGCCCAAAGAUUCUCCAGUUACCGGAGAGUCGAAGUUUAGUGCACUCGGAGCCGAUUCCCUUGACACGGUCGAGAUUGUGAUGGGACUCGAGGAGGAGUUCGGAAUCAGUGUGGAAGAAGAAAGUGCCCAGCAUAUCCUCACCGUUCAAGAUGCAGCGGAUCUGAUCGAGAAGCUCGUGGAGCAGAAAUCCGCUUAGAAUGUUGUCGUAAUGUUAGGUUUGUUUUUGUUGCUUAUGGAACAUUUAAACCGACAUGGAAGUUUGGUUGUUCUUCAUCGUUGUGGUUAGAGUAUGUAAGAACUCUGAUGUCUCGUUUCCAUGGUGUCA